CAUGGCGGUUAUUUUCAACAGAGACCGUGUGAGCAGCAAACAGGAUUCGCAAGUCAACAUCGGCCAAGUAACACAGUAAAAAAUUUUCGACCACGUCCGCCUGCAUGUAGGGUAACAGUGGUGUGUCUCUGCGGGUUGGAAAAGAUCUAUAUGUAGUUCUCCCUGCGAUCUAUCAGUCACGGAUGAAAGACACUCAGGUGUUAUGGAGAAGACGAACAGAUUUACCUGUGUACAUCGUUAUAUAUUCCUAGACAGCCUGGAUGUACUCUAGACGGGGCGAGAUUACUCAAUUCAGGAAAAAAAUGGCUGCCCCUGACGCAGACACGGCACUUAGCAACACUGUCAACAUGAACCCUAGCGUGGAGGGCAGGGUAUUCCUCAUAGAAGACACUGACGACAUCCUGACUCUCCCCCGGGCCUUGCAGCCUCUGCUGGGGCACACUGGUUGGUUAACAUCCCAUGUCCACCGGUCGCUGCAAAACGCCGAGAACCAAAUCUUCGUGUCAGGUGAUCUGACCAAACAUGAACUCGCAGCAAUUUUCCUGCUGAUCGGUCAGAAUGAUUCGAAAGAUUGUUUUAGUCGAGUUUUACAAGAAAAAAUAGUGUCCAACAAUCCCAGUGACAUUCGUCCGUUUCUGUCUUAUUUACGUCUGGUCACGAAGGCCCUUCGGAAAUUGCCAUCCAUUGGUGGAAACGUCUGGCACAUGGUGUCAGGUGACGUCUCAACGUUAUAUCCGGUCGGUCUGGUGUUUACAUGGCAUGGAUUUUCCAAAUGUUGUUACAGUUUCCAGACACUCAAUUCCGUUUUCGAGUCGGUUUCCCACGAGAACAGGACGUUGUUUAACAUUCUCUCCGCGACCGGACGGAUUGUCGGUCAACUCUCCGACUGUACCAGCUUUCCGCACGUACUUUUGAUGCCUGGAGUGUAUUACCAAGUGACAUCAGUCACCAAAGCAGGCGACAAUUCCACUGUUAUUUACGUCAAAGAAAUACCACCACCUGUAGACAAUCAGUGGUCAGCUGACCCGCAAUAUUCGCUGACUGUCACGGACCGAAGUAUCCAUCCGUACUGGACCAAAGUGCUUGCAGACGCGACCAGUAACAGAGUUGUAGCCAAAUCCCUUCGUGUGCUGGACAUUGGGAUGGCUACUGGUGACGUAAUGGUUCAAACCGCUUGCAUGAGAGUGUUGACUGAGAUGCCUAAGCUCGACUGCUCUGACGCAGAGAAAGAAAAACUGCUAUCGACAGUUCGCAAUGUGUUAAAGAUGUACAGAGCAUUUGGAGUUUUGCAAAGUCAUGGAUGUGCUGUUCUCAAACUAAUCGCUCAGAGUCUGGAUGUGAUGCACUUUUCUGAUCCGGAGAGCGUGUCCCUUGUUCUUCAAGCGAUGCAAAGCCACAUACAAACCGAACGACUGAUUUUAAACGGUCUAGAGUACUUAACAUUCUGUCUCCACGACUCCGAAGACGUCAUCCUUUAUCAGAAACUAGUUGAAGUUGUUUUGUCUUCCAUGAAGAACCAUCCUAGAAUUAAAGGUAUACAGAAAGCAGGAUGUCUAGUGAUUAACUCUCUUUCCAAGGCUACCCAUUGCGUCUCGCUGAUAAGAGAAUGCGAUGGAUUUUCUGUGAUAAUGAAUGCCAUACGGGUUCAUCGUGGUGAGCGCGAAUCUUCCGAACUAUGCUGGCAAGCUUUACUGACGCUUUCUGACAAAAACAACAACAGUAAGAACUGUUCAACUCAGGAUGAACACGUUCGAAACAGUGUCGACUUUUGGUGUUUGAUAAAAGAAGGUUUAGCUCUCUUUUGUAAGUGUACUCCAGUACAAGUGGAAGGGUUACAUGCUAUUUGGUCUCACGUUCGAGUCUGGGCAGAACUGGACACGACCUACGAUCCGGACUACUCAGAGCUGGUUACCUCUGCUCUUAGACAUCACAGUCAGAAUGCACAAGUUGUAGAGUGUGGGUUAGGUAUUUUAUCUGAGUUAACAAAACAGCCUUCCGAAACACAUCUGGCUGUUUCAAACGGGGUUAUCGCCUGUGUACUCUCCUCUAUGAAUCAGCACUUUGACGAAGCAUCUGUGCAGGAGUACGGCUGUAAGGUGCUUAGAACCGUAGCUAUGAAUGGGUUUCGGCCUUAUCAACAGGCCUCACAGAACCUUAAGUCCAGUGGUUCACCACCUGGCGUCUUGCCGGAAUCUUCAUUGGAAUCUCUGCCGGACUACCGGCUUAAAAUCAUCGAGUCCGGAGGAAUGGGAAUUGUGCUGUCUGCCAUGAAGACUCACUCUCAGCAUGUCGGUGUACAGCGCCAGGGGUGUCUGGCCAUCAGAACUCUAUCUGUGUCUUCGGCCAACGUCGUGGAGACCGAAGGCGUGGAGGAAAUCGGCGUGGUACUGAACGCCUUGUCCAAACACAUGGACAACGUUAACAUCGCCACCGUUGCCCUUAGAGCCAUUGUUAUUCUUAUCAUAAACCCGCGGAACCGACAAACUAUGUUGGACGGCGGAAGGUUAUCGAUAAUCCUGAAUGCGCUGCGGUCCUUCCCGUAUUGCGGUAGAAUACAGGAAGAAGGCCUUGAAAUUGUGGACACAUUAGCAAACGAUCUGACACAUGCCCAUCAACUGUUGAGGAAGGGAUUCAUGCAAGAUCUUAUACUCUCUAUAGAGCGACAUCCCCACAAUGGGAGAAUCCUGACCUCUUGCUGUAGUUUACUGGCGCAGCUCUGCUCUGUGCCACUAGAGUCUGUAGACACUUUGGACAUGCUGCCGACUGUCGCUCUCGCGGAAAGGGGAGGUUUUGAGGCAAUCGACAGGAUCAUGGCCGAGUUUCGUUCAGAUGCUGAUUUGCAAAUCCAGUGUUGUCGGGCAUUACAUGCCCUGGCCGUCGCCCCGGUGAACACCAGUAUGUUGUCCGAAUCAGCCGGCAUGACGUCCGUAGUCACCGCCAUGAAGACUCACGCCGCAAAUGCAGUGCUUCUUACUGAGGCUUGUAGAACUCUGGUGAAACUAAUCCAGUUCAGAGACAAAGGCGACGUACCGGUGACAACUGAGGCCAUCGAACAUGUACUCAGCGCGAUGUCCACUCACCCAGGGGAUAUGAAGCUUCAAAUGGAAGGGUUGAGGGCGUUACAGGCUGUUUUGAAAAAUGACGCCUCCAGAGUAACUUACAUUACCAAUUCCGAUGUGAUCGCUCUGAUUGUCUUGGCGAUGCGGCAAUUUCGGAACGAUUUUUCUCUACAGGUAUUGUGUCUACAGGUCCUAAACGAUCUCUUUUGCUUUGAGAGAAAGGGAUCCACUCCAUGGCAGAAACUUUUGGCUGUGGCUUUUUGGCUUGUUGGCAGAGACAGACCAUUGUGGAAUGAGUUUUGCUCUAAUGAGGGCCUGGAAACGCUGCUUGAUACCAUGAGACAUCACAUCACGUCAAGAAGUGUGCUGAUGAUCGGAGGGAAUGUACUUCUCUACAACACUGGCGGCAAUAUUCCCACGCGCCUGCGCAAACCUUUGCUUGACCUGUGUGAGGAGAUUCAAUCUGGUUUUUCUCCAAGUGAUGAGCGUUUACACCUUUUGUUCAAUAUGCUAAAACAUUUUGUGAGGAAAGAAGUUGUAACAUGAACCUUGUGUUCUUGACAUUUUUGGUUUAUGCAGUUUCGUAAGACCCACACGCCUGUUUAUAGAUAGUCUUUUCUAAGCAUUUUGUGUACUUCUAGAAGAACAUAUUCAUCACACGAGUAGUCUGAUCUAUAAAUGACAGCGAUAGAGUCCACAAACAUUAAUCGUGACAUUGAUAGAUUCCCUGUUUCAUUUAUUCACUAGUAAGUAAUUAGGUGUUGGAUGUCCUACUGGCCUUCGACACCGUUGUUACCCCCAAUGUUUUCUUGUCUGGAUAAACCGAGCAAUCCGUUACCUGCGUUAAACUUCAGCGUCUUGUAAUCAAGAAAAUAUGAGGAAAUAUAUAUUUUUUAACCAAAUAUUAUCGCUUCCGUCACUAGAUUAUUGUAUGCUUAUGUUUGCUUUACAGUCUACACACCUGUGCGUCACACAUUUAUUGUUCUAUUUUGAUGAUUUUACAACCCAUUUACUUGAUUGUUUAACACCAUAACCAAGAGUUUUUUUUAUAUCUUGUGAAAGCAGAAAUGCACA